UUCUUUAAUUGCAUGGGUUAUUAAGGCUGAGAGAAGUUCCAAAUGUAUGUGCCUUAAAAAAAAAUACACAACUAUCACUUCUGUAGGAACCACAACUGUGCUUUUAACCACAGUGUAGCCUCUCAUACAGUGAAGAGCUCUCCUUAUUCUGAGACAGGUGCUCAUGAGAUUGCAGCUCUGCUUUUUCCUCCUUCAAAAGUACAGAGUGCCAUGCAAGGCAGCAAGUGUUCUUUCAAGUCAUAAAAAGGCUAGAGCUUUUUCCUUGUUAUUUAAUUUUAAGGAAUCAACUUCUGCCACUGUAGAUAAAAAUGAAGUUAUUGGAAUUUAGCUGAAAAGACCUGUGCUGAACACUGUCUCUUUCCUGUUUGGAAAUUCUGCUUAAGAGGUUUUAAGAACUCUUUGUACAAAUCCUGCAGCAAAGAGGAAGCAGCAAGCAAUGAUUUCUCAUCGCAGUUCAUCAAUUUAAGCUCUAAAGAAAGGUUUGAUGUUUAAGCUUGAAAUUUUUUUUUUUCUCACAAGAUUAAUCCUUACUUUAGGGAGUAAUUUAAUUUAUAUCAGUAAGAUUACUCACGUGAGUAACCAGUUACAGAAUUUGCCUGUAGUACUGUGAUUGCCUAGGGGGAAGUACAAACAACUCUGCAAUUAAAAUUACACAAAGAAAAGGAGGUCUGACCUUUUCUUUUUUUCUUUUCUUUUUUUUUUUUUAAAGUGUGUGUAUAUAUAUGCCUACUGUUUCAUUGAUAAGUGCCAAUGGCUUUUGCAUUCUGAGGUGUUACUAGCAGCAGCACAAAAUGGCUUUUAUAAAAGAAAUACUAAAUGCUAAAGCUUCUUUGUGAAAGGUAGAGAGGGAAGGAUCUCUGAUGAGGAGUUUUAACUUCAAGGCACCUUAUGCUUUCUUUAUGUGCAUCACAUUAGUGGAAAAUUCCUUCAUUCAUUUAAGAAGAUAAACAGUUGUAACUUUCAGGUUUGGUUGAUGUGACAUCAAUGACUGGCUGGGACUGCCAGCAUUCCGAGAGGGGUAUCGUCCUCAUCUGCAGCCACUCAGGGCUCCGGGGUGGAGCCUGCAGCACAAGCUGUAACAUUUACAGGUGCAUAAGUAGGUAGGGAAGGGCACAGGUGAUGCACCUGUCUGGGGAAAGAAGCACUAGCACAGGUGUGUCAUAACUUAUCAGCUGCCUGUGUUAGAGCAUGAGCUCCUUUGAUCCACAAACACACUCUCCGCCACGCUGCAGCCCACAGUUUCCGAAUAUUGGCCAAGAACCUCCAGAGAUGAGUAUCUACUAUGAGAACUUUUUCCAUCCACAGAACAUCCCUAGUCCACAGCGACCGAGCACCUUUGAGACGACGGAUUACAACACCACUCCCAACCCCUACCUCUGGCUAAAUGGACCUUCCAUUACCCCACCACCGUAUCUCCCAGGAUCCAAUGCCAGUCCCUUCAUUCCUCAGUCUUAUGGGAUGCAAAGGCAGCUCUUGCCUAACAUGCACGGCUUGGGAGGAACUGACCUUGGCUGGCUUCCUCUCCCGUCCCAAGAAGAGCUUAUGAAGUUGGUUAGACCACCUUACUCCUACUCUGCACUUAUUGCCAUGGCUAUCCACGGAGCACCUGAGAAGAGGCUGACUCUCAGCCAGAUCUACCAGUACGUGGCUGACAACUUCCCGUUUUAUAACAAAAGCAAAGCUGGCUGGCAGAACUCCAUUCGGCACAAUCUGUCUCUCAACGACUGCUUCAAGAAGGUGCCCCGAGAUGAAGAUGAUCCAGGAAAAGGGAACUACUGGACCCUGGACCCAAACUGUGAAAAGAUGUUUGACAAUGGAAACUUUCGCAGGAAAAGGAAAAGGAAGUCUGACAUUGGGGCUAGUGCUGCCACUCUUGCAUCUGAGAAAUCAGAGGAUAGUGCCCUGAGUGGCAGCCCCAAAGCCGUAGAUCAUCAGGAUAUCUUGGAAAACUCAUCACCUGGGACUGACAGUUCACCUGACAAAGGAUCUCCACCUCCAUCUUCCAGUAGCCCCUGCCUCAGUAACUUCCUCUCCAGUAUGACUGCGUAUGUUAACAGCUCUAAUGCCGGGAGCCGCCCAGUGCCUUUGGGACUCAACUCUGAACCCACUGACAAAAUGGGACAAAAUAUGGUAGGGUUUAAUUCCUACUCUCCACUCUCCAAUAUCCCCAGUCAUGGUGUGGGAGAGUGGUCCAAUUCCAUGCCUUCUAGCCACUUUGGCCAUAGCAACUCUGUGCUCAACCAGUUUAACACCCAUUUUUACAGCAGUAUCAGCACAAACAACACCCUGUAUUCCAGGGAAGGAACAGAGGUUUAAAUGAAGGAUUCUAAGACACUCAAGUAUAGCUGGUUAUGGGGAAAUUAUCUGUGGGCAAAUGAUUAGCAUUAGCCUGUUGUCUCUGGGACCCACACUGCAUGCUACCUUCUGACAGCCACAAACUUGUUACCCAUUAUCCUUAUCACAAAUGCUCCACAUUUGGAAGCUCUACAUAAAAAAUCAGGGACCAUAAGAGCAAGAGUAGUGAAGAGUUCAGAGCCACCAUGCCUGUAGUACUGCCAGCCAUGGGCAUCUACAGACAUCCUUAAGAAUUUACUGUUUGCCUGAGGCAUGAGGCUUUUUAUGGCAUGAUACCAAUAUUUCUAUGCUUUUUAAAGUGCUAAUAGAAAUGUGGUUAUAUCUUUAAAUAUCCUUUCAUGCUGAUAUAGACUGCGUAGCAAGUUCUUAUUUGGCCAAAGCUAUUCUGACACACUGAAGAAUCUAUAAUAAAAACUACUGCAUAGUGAGUAACAACCACCACUUGAAUGGUGAGUGCUGUCUUUGGUUUUCUCUCAUACUAGUGCAUACAUUGCCUAAAUUUUGAUCCCCUUUCAACCCCACCGGGAAUACGGCUGUGAAGCAAGCUAGCAUCAUUAUGGACACUGCAGUUAUUUUGAAACUGAAGGAAAACAUAACAAAAUAUAACGGAAUUGUCUUCUGAUGGUGCAGCUGGAUCUUAAUGUUUUCAAUUCUAAUUACAGGGUCAUUUUUUUUUUUUUUGCCUUACAUAUGUAAAUUAAUUCAAAUAAAGAAAAGAGGAUCUCUCCUGAAUAUAUAUAUAUAUAUAAUAAUGUGUUUUCUGAGAAGAAAACACUUUUGUUCUAUUUUAACUUUCUACAUGUAUCAUUUCUACUGAGUAAAGAAUUUGAAUAUUGACGUGGGGAGAGGGAAGAAGAAAGGGGAUGCAGAAAGUUUAACACUCUCUGAGUUUCAGUUCCAAAGGCUGGAUUUGCAAAGUACCGAUUGCAGACAUUGUAAAACGUCCCUGUACUGUAUUGUUUGGUUUUGUUUGUGGUUUUUUUUAUUUUAUUUUAUUUUGUAAAAGUCUGUGCUUUUGUCCUUCUGUAAUAUUAAAAAUAAUGCUUAUUUUUCCUACACUCUACUGUAGCCACAAAUGAAAUUUUAAAAUACAUACAAAGUUUUUUUAAACCAAGAAUUGAAUCAAGUUCCACAUUUAUGUAGAGUAGUUUCUCAAACUGGACAGCCUGCAGCAUACACAGACAGCAAUUUAACUGUUCACAUCUGGACACUGACCAGACUUUGGAAUGAUAGAAAACAAUAAUGCAUUGUAAUAGAUACCAUUUUGUCUCAAUUUAUUUUUAACUUUACAUUGCUAUAGUUUUGUUACAGGGCACCCCAGAAGCAUUUUCAAUAAAGCAUUUGUAUAGAAGAGUG